AUGCCCGUCCCGAGUAGUAGUAAUUCGACCAAGCCUUCUGACAAGCUGCCCGUGAAGAAUGGCAGCCGCGGGAAGUUUCCCUCUGCGUCACCGAAGGUUCCGGUCGGUGGCAAGUCAAACGCGUCCGCGGCAAGUCCGUCGGGCGGCAAGAGGUGGAGCAAGGGAGCGCCGUCCGCGGGAACGAAGCCGCCGGCGCAAGGCGGAACACCCGCGCAGGGCGAUCCAGGCUCGCAGGCGAAAGGACCUGGAGGAGCCACGUCAGCGUCGCGACACAAAGCCGCCAAAUCCCCCUCGGCUACUAAAAACCCGUCGCAGACGAAACAGCCGUCUACCAAGCAGCCGCCUGCCAAGCAGCCGUCUACCAAGCAGCCGUCUGCCAAGCAGCCGUCUGCCAAGCAGCCGUCUGCCAAGCAGCCGUCUACCAAACCACCACCCCGGACCAAACCACCUCUAAAUACAAAGCAACCCCCGCAGACCAAACCCGCUCCUGGGUCUAAGACUACCAAGCCUCCUUCCCAUACCGCGCUGCCCACCCAACCCAAGCCUUCCACCAUUCCCAAACCUCCGAUACAGACCAAACCUCCUAACCAAUCUAACCCAGCCAAUCAGACGAAGCCGCCGGCGCAUACCAAACCUCCUGCUGAAGCAAAGCCUCCGAGCCAAGGCAAGCCGUCAGGCACUCCACCAAUCAGACCCAAGGUUCAGCUGUUCCACGUGGCAGGCAAUAAUACGUUCUGGCGGGGGGUGGUGCCUCAACAUCAACGACUGUGCCUCGUGUCUCAUCUUCCCAUUCCUGUGUCUCAUCUUCCCAUUCCUGUGUCUCAUCUUCCCAUUCCUGUGUCUCAUCUUCCCAUUCCUGUGUCUCAUCUUCCCAUUCCUGUGUCUCAUCUUCCCAUUCCUGUGUCUCAUCUUCCCAUUCCUGUGUCUCAUCUUCCCAUUCCUGUGUCUCAUCUCCCCAUUCCUGUGUCUCAUCUCCCCCUCCUCGUCUCCCCCAACCCAUCGCCCUCUCCCCCUCUCCUUGCCAGGGCGGCGGGUGGUACCUCAACUUCAACGACUGUGCCUCAUCUCCCCAUUCCUGUGUCUCAUCUCCCUCUUCCCAUCUCCCGCUUCUCAUCUCCCCCUUCCCAUCUCCCGCUUCUCAUCUCCCCCUUCCAAUCUCCCGCUUCUCAUCUCCCCCUCCUCAAUCCCUCCCAUGUCAGGGCGGGGGGUGGUGCCUCAACUUCAACGACUACAUGCUCUCAUUCUACUGCUCAUUCUCCCUGCUUCCUUCUCAUGCCCCAUUUCUCACGCCCCAUCCCACGUUCCCACUCGCACUCUCACCUACUCACCUCCUGUUCUAACCUUCCAUCUCCCCACUCUCCGUUCUCCUUCAUGCCACGUCAGAUGGCUGGUUACCGCAUGAGCUUCACGGGCAUACUCAGUGGCAACGCAGCUGACAACCCCUUCUUCCACAACUGGAACAUGGCAGUCAUCAUGUACUGUGACGGAGGCGCUUAUAUGGGGUACAAGGGGCGCAUGCAGCAGGGCUCUAAACGAGUCUUCCUCUCAGGCCACCACAUUCUCAAGAACACUCUGAUUGACCUGCAGCAGCAGAGGGGCAUGGGGGCGGCAGCAUCAGCUCUCAUUGCCGGGUGUUCGGCGGGAGGGCAGGCUGUUGCAGUGGGGUGUGACUGGAUGGCCUCGUUUCUGCCACGCUCUGCUAAAGUCAAGUGUGCCACUGAUGCUUCUUUCUUCCUCGGUACGGCCAACUUGUGGACCUGCUGGCAUGAGGUCUCCUCUCGUCACCUAUUCUCCUUCAAAGCAUCUCCAUCCAUCUUCCCUUCUGUAACCUUCUCGCCAUCUCCUUCUGUUAUCACUCGUCAACCUCUCAUCCGUCACCUGCCACUCAUCCAUCCGCCCGUUCAGAUGAGGCCGACAUCGCGGGGCAGUUCACCUUCAGAUCCUACAUGCAGCGCAUGA